GCGGAUGAUUUAGGAUACGUUAAUUCUGUUGAUGAGACGUAUAGACUUAUUGCGGAGUUUGAAACAAGAUUGACGACGAAGUUUUCUUGCUUUAAAUCUGACAAAGGUUUCAGAAACACUGGUAUGUAUAUAUAUAUAUAUAUAUAUAUAUAUAUAUAUAUAUAUAUACAGCUCUUUGGCAAUACAAAGCUUUGCUUUCAUUUCCAAAUUGAGCACUCUAUCAAGAAGGAGAAGUCAUGUCUCGCUAUUGAGCAUUCUCACUAGUUUAUCUGGUUCGAGUCCUCUGGCAUGGCUUAGAUUAUACCACAAUUGUGGAAUCAUUCGGGUUAAAUUAAUGCUUACACCUCCUUCCUCGGAUAGAAGUCACAAUAUACUCUGGGAAGGUGCACGAGAUAUUUAAGGAGCAAAAAUUCGUUUUUUACUGGUGUGCCUUUCCUAAUUUUGGGAAAGAAAGUUUUCAAUUGCCAGCACGGCGUAGAUAGAACAGCUGGAGAGAAAAGGAAACGAAAAGAUGCAAAAGAAGUACUGUACAUAAUAUUUUCUUUUAUCCGCGACCUUUGUGUUACUACUGUCACCUAUAGCUUGCUAAUCCGAAAUGUCAAAUGCACACAUGAAUGGGUUAUACGACAUUGAUCUCAGAAUACUUUUAGGACAAACGUGAUAACAAUUCAUCUCGGCUAAAUAGUUUAGAAGUUAACAAUUAUAAGAACUUUUCACUAGUGUAUGGUGCUUACAAAAGAGAAAAUAUACGUAAUUCUGCGUUUUUUGCUUUCUAUCAAGCAAUCAUAUGUUGGCUCCUUAUCACGCUAUGACACUUCCGUUUUGUCACAUUCCAAAAAAUAAUUUGAGAAAUACAGUAUCACUCAUCUUAGGUUGUUAUAUUUACCUAUUACAGAAGGCUGGAAACAAAGAUUUUUUUUUCAAGAAAAGAAGAUUUCUUGUUCAAGACACAAGGAAGUUUGACUGCAAAGCACAGAUAAAAAUGCGAGAAAUUUUAUUUUUUUCAGAGAACAAGGUAGUUCUACUCAUGUAUAAAUAG